GUCCUCACAUUACUGAGCGCGAGCCUGUCGGGUUAUUUUGGGGCUCAGCUGUUGCUGCUUCCGUCAGAACACACACAAGCUACUUCACAGGUCUUGCUCUCUGAUGAUGGAAACCUCGGUGAAGCCAGUCGAGGUUCUGAUGCAGCCUGGUGCCACUUCCUCUUCCAUGGGUGAUCAGAGUCCUGACAGUCAAAUGGCAGCAGCAAUGGUGUCUCCACCUUUGACUUUUGGGGCCUCUGAGCCCUCUGACCCCAUGAAGGAGUUCCACCAGCGACUGGAGGACAUCAUCAGGAGCUCAACCACCAACAUUCUGGAGCAGGGCACCGCAGAUGCAGAGACGGAAACGAAGGCACAGACAGUUGAUGACAUCACUCUUACUGUGGAGACAGAGGUGUCUGUCAUGACACAAAGUCUGAACUCGUUGUCGUCCCCAGAGGAGAAAUUAGAAGACCUCCUCCACAAGUACACGGAACUGGUGACACUGCGGCACUCAGAGAAGAACCAGCGCUGUGCCCUGCAGCGGCGGGUGUCCCUCCUGACGGACGAGUGCCGCCGUGGCGCCGAGGCUCGGAAGAAGCUGGAGGCUCUGUGCCGUGAGCUGCAGACACAUUACGGCGUCCUGAGGGAGGAGACUGUUCAGCGAUGCAGGGAGGAUGAGGAGAAGCGGAAGGAGAUCAGCUCCCACUUCCAGAAGACCAUGACUGAGAUCCAGGCUCAGAUCGACCAGCAAAGCACCCGGAACGCCAACCUGUGCCAUGAAAACGCCAACCUGACCGAAAAACUGGAGGGCCUCAUGAACCAGUGCGAGCUGAGGGAGGAGAGUUUGGAGAAAAUCACUCAUCAUCGUGACCUGCAGCACAAACUGACUGAAGCCAAACUGCAGCAGGCGAAUGCGCUGCUCGCCGACGCCACGGAGAAACACAAGCGGGAGAAAGAAUACCUGCUCAGAGAGGCUAUUGACAAAACAAAGAAUUGCUUCGCUAUGAAGGAGCAGGAGCUGGCCAUGAAGAAGAAGUUGGCCCUCUACGCUCAGAAGUUUGACGAGUUUCAGGCGACGCUGGCUAAGAGCAACGAAAUCUACGUCCGCUUUAAACAGCAAAUGAAUGAGAUGACUGAUAAGAUGAAGAGAGUUGAGAAAGAGUCAGAUCUCUGGAAGAUGCGGUUUGAGAACUGUAACAAAGCUCUGACUGACAUGACUGAAGAGAGAAGUGAGAAAUCCAAGGAGUUUGACCUGUUCGUCCUGAAGAUCCAGAAGCUAGAGAAGCUGUGUCGAACGCUGCAAGAUGAGAGACAAGGACUUUACAACAAGAUCAAAGAUGUUCGCCAGGCAACAUUCCCAACUAAAGUCAUCACCGAGGCUGCCGGGACAUCGCUCCUUUUCCCAACCCCAGAGGUGCAGGAGCUCCAGGAUGAGGACUCAGUCCUAACGGAGGACAUGGCCCGUCUCAAGGAGGAGCAGGCCAAGCUGCAGCUGUUUGCUGCCUCAUUACUUGACACUUCCAUCGACAAUGAGGUUGAGGACGAAGUACACCUGGAUGAAGACAUCAUGGCCUCUGCAUUCAUCCAGUUCAAAAGCAAACCUUCAUCAGUGGAUCGUCCUCCUGAAGAAGCAGGAGAAACCAAAUCAGAAACAGCAGACUCUGUUCCAGCCCAGGAUGGUCAGAAACCAGAUGGGUCCAGAUCAGAAGAACACUCUGAAUCCACAUCAAAACAUGAAGCACCAUCAGUGGAAAUCAGUGAGACUGAGGAGGUCCAGCAGCCGGUAUCUGUACCAGAUCCUGUCAAAGCUGAUCCACAGACAGACCCAGAGCCGCCCCCAGAGAAGACCGUACUCCAAGAGCCUGAGGACACACCAGAGGUCCAAGCUGACAACGUGAAAGUCCAGCAGCCAGUAUCUGUACCAGAUCCUGUCAAAGCUGAUCCACAGACAGACCCAGAACAACCCCCAGAGAAGACCGUACUCCAAGAGCCUGAGGACAUAUCAGAGGUCCAAGCUGACAACGUGAAAGUCCAGCAGCCGGUAUCUGUACCAGAUCCUGUCAAAGCUGAUCCACAGACAGACCCAGAACCGCCCCCAGAGAAGACCGUGCUCCAAGAGCCUGAGGACACAUCAGAGGUCCAAGCUGACAACGUGAAAGUCCAGCAGCCGGUAUCUGUACCAGAUCCUGUCAAAGUUGAUCCACAGGCAGACCCAGAACUAUCAGCAGAGAAGACAGUUCUCAGAGAACCUGAAGACACACCAGAGGUUCAGCAGCUGCUACCCGAUUCAAGUCAGGUAUCAGAGGAAACGCCAAAACAUGGAGCCAACAAAGCUGCCACUUCCUUGGAAAAGCCAGUGCAGAAGAAAAAGAAGAAGAGGAGCCCAAAGGCAGCGAGUUAAGCACAGACUGGUUUCAACUGACAGUGUUUGAUUGAAAAUCUAAAUAUUCGUAAAAGUUUGAAUGCUUGUUUAUUUGUUUUAAAUCAACGUGCAGUUUCUGUUUAUGGGAGAAUUAAAGCAGAUGCACAAUGAUGAUGUCAUAAAGACCACAACUAUUCAGAUUUUACUUUUAAAAAGGAGACUGACUUGAAAAGUGUUUCUCA